GGGCGCGCGCAUCGUCCUCAUCGCCCUCGUUAUUCGUUAUUACCAAAAAAAAAACCAAAAGGGAAACGCGAAGUGUGUGUUCGCGCGGUGUGUGUGCGUGUGUGCAAAAUCAAAGAAAAAUAAAAAAAAAAAAUAAUAUCGUAAGAAAAGCCAGUGUUUGUGCGCGAGUGCGUGGUGCGUGUUUAACGCAACGAUGAUGAUGUCGAUAACUUUCGACGGGCACGAGUGCGCGGAGUAGAAAGUGCGCGCGAGGAUAAAAAGGAUAAUCAAAUGGUACGAAUUCUCGUAUGCAUUAAUUCAAUCCUUUUUUUUGUGUAUGUGCGUGGGAGUAUAAGCAGCGAUGGUCUUUUUUUUAUUUUGACGCGCGCGAGAGCAGAAAAAAAAAGCAUUUCAUUCGCGGCGCGAAUACAAGUGUGUGUGAAAGAAAAAGAGAGAAAGAGAGAGAGAGAGACGACAGCGACAAAUCGUUUUCGCCUGUCUGCGGUCGCUCUCGAUCGUUCAUCAUAUUAUACUUUCUAUUAUUUUUCUUCUUGUUGCUCCGCUAUACGCAACAAUGCCACGCAGCUUUUCGACUCUUUAACCGAGACCCGUAAUACAUGUACCGCGUAUAGACACGUGCGAGCUCGAGCUGGAGCUUGCAAGACUACUCGGUUUAAGCGCGCUCGGCUCGGGGAGGAUGAAAUUUCCGAGUAAUAUAAUGACUCUUUCAAGGUUUUUCUGUUUUUUCGUACGAAAAAUACAUUACGAUCGCUGACUUACUAUUUAUCGCGAGCGAGUACGCGGUGCGUGUUAGCUCGAGCGCGUAAAGAACAACGAUAAAUAAUACAUUACGAUGGAUUAUCCCAAAGCCGAUUCUAUGUUUUUUUUUUUUUUCAUUCAUCCUUGCUCUCUUCCAACGUCUCUUCCCCGAUCUCGAGCCGACUUUUCUCUGUAUUACAGAGUUAAAUCGGAGAGAUCUCGAUUCCGAUUACAAGCCCCUCGACGCGCGCGCGCGAUUUGACAUCUAUAAAUGAACUCGAGGGCUCAAAGUAGGAGCAGCUAUAUAGAGAGCUUGCGAGGAAACAAACGUCAAGAUAACAAAAAAAAAGAGAGAGAGAAAAAAUGAGAAAAAAAGCUCACCAACGUAGACCCAUACGCGCGAGGAUAAUUGCUUCGCACACGCGGCAUUAUCAUAUAACGACCCUUCGCGAGCGAUAUAACUUGUGCGUUUGGUUUUCAUCGGCAACGAUAUGUACACAUAAUACGGCGUAUUAUAUAGGCAUUAUAUACGGCACGACGACGAAUAUUGCGCCUUAGCUCGGAUCGCAAGCUCCGCAAACUAUACUCCGUAUACAGUAGGUAUACGCGCGUUAAAAUAUGCAAAGCUCCCGUACAGCGGCUACGAUGCACGGAGACUCGCGUCUGUGUGUGUGUAACGUUACCAGCUCUCUCCCAGGUGCAUAUAAAAAAAAACUCUCUGCAUUCGGUAUAUAAGAACGCAGGUGGUAUUAGAUAUUUUACGUGCUACUGCUGCUGCGGCGUAUUGCGCGUUUACGACUCUCGAUCGCUGCUGCUGCUGCUGCGUAUACGCGUUUAAAGCUCCGGGAGGUUUUUUUUUUCUUUUCAUACAUAAUAAUAGCAGUGGCACAAGCGGAUCAUAUCGUUGGUAACUCUGCUGUAUGUGUAGCGGGUAUAAAGGGCGAAAGUUAUACGGAUAACACGUGCCGUUUCGACAACUGCGCGUUACUCUGAUAUUAUAAUAUGAUACAUAUAUAAUACCCCCGCGAAGUCGAAUCCGCAUUAUAAAUAUAGAUCCAAUUAGGAAGCGAUUAUUAAUUACGACGUUAUUAUUGUUGGCUAUUAUCGCAGGAUCUCGUUGUUACACACAUAUUUGUAUCCUAUCGAUCCGCGAAUCUCCGUCUCUCUAUCUCUCUCUAAUCUAAAAGAGGAUGAUCCUCUCCGACCAAUGUGACAUUGCGUGUGACGUCUCGUCUUUCACAUCUCUCUCUCUCUCGAUCUUUUCUCAGAUAUAUAAAUCACAUCUCGACGCGAGAGCCUGUCAAACUGCCAAAGAAGUAAAUAAAAAAUAAAGUUAAAUAAAUAAUUCUCGUGUCGAUAAUAUCAUGGCGACGACGUCGACCGUGCCGUCGUCUUGGUACAACGGUGAUCAACAACAACCACAGCAACAACAACAACAACAAUCAACGAGAAAAAAUAGCGGAAGCAACAGCGCCGGCAGCAGCAGGCGGGGGAGCGCCUCGACUAGUGCGAGCGGCUGCACGGCCAGCACCUCGACGACGACCACCACCUGUCCGCCGCCCGUCAGCAGCUUCCCCGACAAGUUUCAGGACUUCUUCGCCGCCCUGAAGGAGGACUGCGACGAUCUGCCGACCAUGCUCGAGGACAAGCUCAUACCCAGAAAGGGCGACCGCUCGGGCCUCGAUCACUUGAACUUCGCCCACAAUCACAAUCAUCACAACAACAACAGCAACAGCUACAACAACGACAACAACAACAGCAUCAACAACAACCUCGGCAAACAGCAACAGCAACAAAGAUGGUCCAAACGAGCCUUCCAGCGUCGCAGCAGCGAGAUCGAGGUGCGAGCCCAUCAUCGCCAACAACAGCAGCAGCAACUCUCCUCCGCCUCGGGCACGUCGGCCGGUGGCAGUGGCUUCGACGGCGGUCCUAGAUCACCCACGCCGUCGCGUCGACGCAGCUCCAGCAUCGCCGUGGCCCGACCGACGCCCGAUCUGCAUCGAUUUCUCCAGGCUGAGGGUGGCAGGCCCUGGGGCCACCUGUCGCCCCAGCCGCGCAGCCCGAGCCGCACGCCGAGCUCGGUGUCGCCGGCCUCGCAGCAUCUCAGUCCCGCCGGGCCCUGCAGUCCGGCCUGUCCCAGUCCGACGAGUCCCGGCGGCGCGACGACCAACAACGCCGCGGCGGCGUCGACGUCGAGAUUGCCACCGAGGCAGCGCGGCAGGACGAGCAGCAUGCCCGCCGUACCGAGGCACAGGCCCAUGCUGGCCGACACGAGGCGAGGCGGCAUCGGUCCGGGUCAGCUGGCGACUUCGGGCGGCGUCGCGGGCACCAGCAGCGGCGGACAACAGCAGGACGACGACACCGAGGACGGCGUCGAGUACUAUCGGCUGCGCUCGUUCUCCAUCACGGCCAACGGCGUCUUCAAUCUCGGCGACUCGCUGAAGAGCCGCAGAUCGCGCAGCAUCAACAGCGUCACCUCGUCGGGCGGCACGAGCUGCAGCAGCACGACGCGCGACGCUCGAUUGCUCAGCUCGACGUCGCAACUGUCGGGCAUCGGGACGGAUCGCCGCGACAGCAAUGGCGAGGCGGCCUCCUCCUCGCCACCUCAGCAGCAACAGCAGCAGCAGCAAGCCGUAGCCUCGUACAAAGUCGGCAUGCUCGGGGCGUCGGGCGUCGGCAAGACAGCCCUCACGGCUCAGUUCACCACGAGCGAGUACAUCUGCGCUUACGACGCCUCGCUCGACGACGAGUACGGCCAGAAGAGCGUGUCGGUGAUGAUAGACGGCCAAGAGACCGAGUUGGAAAUCAUCGAUCAUCCAGCCACGGAGAUGUCGGUCGAGGCCUUCUGCUCCACGUACAAUCCGGACGUCUACGUGGUGGUGUACUCGGUGGUGGACCGUGCGAGCCUCAAGUACGCCGAGGACGCCCUCAUGUAUCUCUGGAAGAGCGACUACAUGGCCGGCCACGGGGUCAUACUCGUCGGCAACAAGGUCGACCUCGAGCGCAAACGCGAGGUGCCCGCUAUAAAUUAGAUUGGAUAAUAACAACAACAACAAUAACAAUGAUCUCGAGCACAAAGAGUCAAGGAUAA